GGUUGCUCUAAUCGAAUUGACGGGCGCAGCGACUAUAAAAGGUGGCUUUGCCCAGUCGCCGCUUCUGGCAGAGAAAAGUGACGUCAACAUGGCAAUACUAAACUUGCAGCUGAUUGGAUCAAUUAUAUUCUUGGUAGCGGUUCUAGAAGCACAGGAAAGCCAUGCUUCUGAGUCAGUCAUAACCACAGAAGUCACCAUAAAAACCGAAGCUACAGAUGCAACUAAAACCAGCGAAGAUGGACCAACAACUGUCAACAUUACCACUGCCUGGGAUUCCAGCUCCUCCACAAUAUCGACACCAACCCAGUCCUCUUCCAAUGACCAGUCUGCAUCGGAUAGUAGUUCUGUAGAGAACGCUGGAUACCCUUUCGUAAGGCCAGACCAUAAACCAGGCUUACGUCACGUGAAAGCUCACGAUGGAUUCCACAGCCUCAGGAAGGAGAAGCGUUGGGCCCACUGGAAUGAUGCAUUUACCAAGCCCAAACUCUAAUGCUGUUUUACAAAUUAUUUAUUACACAUUAAAUAAGAAUAUAGUUAA